GUGCAAAUGGUCAACGGGAUGAGAGAUCCCCUUCCUCGAUUGUACUUGUUCGUUCGAAUCUAGCUGAUCGAUGACUUAGUCCCUGGAAGAGGGAGCCCUCGACCGACACGUCACUCCUUUCCGACAGACUUCCAUCUUCCGUUUUGAUCUAAUGUUUUUUCACUAGAGGCAUUUCAAAUAUCGUAUUCGUACCCCAAAGAAAGCAUUCAUUUGUGUUUGUCAUAUUCAAAGCCGAUAGAAGAAAAAGUAAAUUUUUCGAAGAACAAACGCACAGCAUGUCGUCCGCCUCCUCUUCAUCCGCAGCCGUCCCUGCCGGAAACGGACCUGCGGAGCCGCAGCUGGCGAACCAGCCAACAAAAAUCACCGCUGAAAACGUUCUUCUCCGGUACAAAGGGAGCUACGAAAAGUGGGUCCAGAAAAUUGCCGACCUGGACCGGGAAUCGCUCGAAGGGCGCUUGCAGAAUCUCGACAAGCGAACGGCCAACAAAAUGCUGGCGAGUCAGGUCCUAGAUAUUUUUUUUCCGAAUCAGUAGUUUAUCUUUCUCUUCUUUCCAAGUGACUCUGUUGCAUCUUACUUGGAGAUUUGAAUUCCCAUUGCUUUGCAAACUCGACAGAUGUUCUUUGCGAACAGCGUCUUCAAUUAUACCAGGUCAACAUUUGGUGUGUUCUGGCGACGCGGAAUCUGACGAACCAGCGACGCUCCUUGCCUGAGGUUCUUCGGAAGAAAGUCAUGCAUUUCUUGGGCCAGGAGAACAUCCAAAUUUUGGAUUGCCGAAAUGCGGACUACUUCCAUUCCAUCAAGAUAGCGAGGUCCCAGAUCGGCGUGGAUUACGGCCUUGUUUUCGAGUACUACAUGAAGAAAAUACUCGAAACGGCCGCGAAGGGGGUCGCAACCAGAUUUGCGAUCACCGACGAAAUCGCCGAUGGUGCGCCGGUAUCAAAUGCAAAAAUGUCUGGGUCUGGAAGAGUCAUGCUGUUUUGGCAUGACACAGAAAGUCUGGUAUGGGAGCUCUAGCAUCGCAGUUUUCGAGAAACUUUCGCAAUGCCGAAUCCGCAUGACAAAUCCCCCAUUUUGGUGGCGGAAACUGAGCAGCUUUCGCUACCUAUGCAUGAGAAAUUUUUCUGUGUCCUGAAAUGCGCAUCACAAGUCUGUAUUCUUCCAGACCCAGACAUUUUUACAUUUGAUAGCCGGCCUUGAGAAACGGGGACCGGCCGCGUCUGGAUGUUGUUGUCACGAUGCUUCUACGGAGAAGCUUCUACGUGUACCAUGAUCGUGAGCUUGAAAGAAGGAUCGACGAAGAAGAGGAUGCGCCACUUGCUGCGCCACUGUUUGUCAGCUUAGGCGAAGUCGAAGACGAGAGCCAUGAGCGCCUGCCCAGUAGCGAUAUUGCAGACCUAGCACGAAACGCGCGGCCAACCAACUCCAGCAUCACGAGUAGUGAUGGUUCGCCGAAUGGUUCGAUUUGGACAGCUUUUCUAGAAACCCUGGAACGCACCGAGGCCGAAAUUGUCAACUAUCUCGCUCGGCGGCUCUUGGAUGAGUGUGCGACGAAUGGCAUUCCAAAGCUCGAAGUUACCUCUGAAGUGAUGCAGAACGCCCCGACGCUACCAAACGGUGAAGCAUAUCCGUUGACACCCGAAGCGGCACGGGCCUUGCAUCCAGGACUAGGAUCACCGCACUGCUUGAUGUAUUGUUUGCACCGUGCAGAGAAGGUGAAAGGUUUCACACUCGCGCUUCGCGGCGAGCGUUGUGUUUAUUCCGAAGGGGAUGCGCUCCCGUUCACCCUGCAUGUCGGGUGCUUCUACACUAGCGAUAGGUCUGUUCAUAACAAAUUGCGGCUGAAACUCUAGAAAGACUAUAGACCUAUUGAAAACCUGAUGCCUUGAAGUGCGGCUAAAACCCAUUCGCGUUUAUGUCUAUUUCGCAGCUCAGCUCUGAGCCUGGAAUUGCCUUCGGAAGAUGUGGGAUAUUGACCCGAAUGCCGUUCGUGCAAGCAGGUUCUGCCUUGGUAUUGAUUUGCGCUCGUGCACCACUGCUGUUCACCAC